GUGGUGCUGGGUUUGGAGAUCCUGCCUCCUCGGUGCCGGUGCCCCUCACCCGCCUCUGCUCCAGAGAGCUGCGGCCGCAGAGGGCUGGCUGGGACUCCUCCCGGGCGCCUGCCCGGGACACCGAGACCUUCCUCCUUCGCCGCUGCUUCUCUCUGGCUCCUGCACCCGCCUCUCUGAAGUCCCUGGUCAGCGUUGCAGCUAGAAAUUGUGCCUGGAGCUGGAUCCGUAGAACUGUCCAACAGAUUCACCGGAUGAAGAGUGCCUAACAGCCUGACGGUCGGCUUUCCCUAAGAUGGAGAAGACAGAUGCCAAAGACCAGUCCUCUCAGGGGGAAGAAGAGAAAGACCGUCCAAAGAGCCACCCCUACUCUGUGGAGACCCCAUAUGGCUUUCAUUUAGACCUGGACUUCCUCAAGUAUGUGGAUGACAUCGAGAAGGGAAACACCAUCAAAAGGAUUCCUAUCCACAGACGGGCCAAGCAGGCCAAGUUUAGCACUUUGCCCCGAAACUUCAGCCUUCCCGACAGUGGGGCACGCUUGCAUGCUGCUCUCUCCCACCAAAACUGGUCCCCAAUGGUGUCCAGGAAGGUAUCACUGGGGACAGAGGAGCGAGCCCAGUCACUGCCACCUGGUGAUCACCCCCAAGCCCCCGCUGGUGGGAGCGAGGUGAGCUACCACAGGAAGGCCCUGUUGGCGGAGACGGCCAGACAGCUGGAGGCCGCUGCUCCCGGGGAGGCCGAGCUCCCCUCCGGGAGUGGACGGCCCCAGCUCUUGAGAGCAUCCAGCAUGCCAGCCACACUGCUGCAAAACAGGGCCUCAGAGGACCCCAGCCUAAACUUAGGUGCCCCCGCACCUCCCGCCCUCCCUCCACUUCUGGGUGAAGGCUCUGUCUGUGACAGCACCUUUGGCCCUGCAGAAGGAUUCACAGGCGUUCACAACUCCACCGCACGAGCAGCAGCCCAACCCACAGUCAAAGAGUUCGGGGAUCUGGUGCCAGGGAUUCCAGAGCUGGUCCGGGAGAGGGCUGAGCCUGCAGAGGGUGAACAAGAGGCUCCCCGUCACCUCUCUCUCCCGAGCCCUCCUCUUUCAUCCCAGAAUGCACUUCUAGUUUUAGAGGAUGCAAAAGACAAACUUAAACCCAGAGAAGCAGAAGUGGUGUUCACACCCAGCUCCCCAACACCAAGCCCUCCACCUCUGCCAUCCCCCAUCCCCGAGAAUGAGCUCCCCCUAGAAGAAAUCGAGCUCAACAUCAGUGAGAUCCCGCCUCCGCCACCAGUUGAGGUAGACGUGAGAAGCAUCGGCAUCCGGGUCACGGAGGAAAGCCUGGGCCUCGCUGCAGUGGAUCCUGGCAGCCUCUCCAGCCUGAAGCAGCAGCUCCUGGACCUUGAGGGAGAAUUGUCUGGAAAAACAGAGGAACUGGCCCAGGUCAGAGCUGCGCUCCAGCAUCAGGAGGAGGAGAUCAAGGCCAAGAGGCAGAGGAUUCAGGAGCUGGAGUACACUGUAGCUCAACUGGCAGAAAAGCUUAGCCACGAGGAUACCAAAGACGCUCAGGGCCAAACUGAUGCCAUGGUCAACACUGACCCUCUCCAUGAACUCUUGCCCAGGGAGUCGUGUGAUAAGAGCGUUGGUGUUGACCUUCUGAGCAGCAUGGGAUCUGAAAGCUGGGGAGCCAGAGGAGUGGAGAAUGACCUCCUGUGUGGGCAGGACAGUCACAAACGGGGGGAUCACAGCCCAACAGGAUUAGUGCCACCAUCCCAGCUGUCACUGCCACCGGACCCCGAGAUGGUCCUCACCUCUUUAAGUAGCUGCCUCUCCACUGAGCUCAGGAUCGAGGAAGCAGGCUCUGAGCAGGAGGGAGACCCUCAGGCGGGAGCCGGGGAGCUGGUCGGGGGAGACUCUUCAUGGAGCAGUGACAUGAAGGUUCCCCCAGCAGGGAAAGAGGAGGCCAGUUCAGAGAUCCCAGGGAAGGAGGGCCCAGGAAGGCCACCUAGCUCGCCCACAGAUGCCACUAUUGGGCAAUACGUUAAGAAGAUCCAGGAGCUCCUGCAGGAACAGUGGAACUGCCUGGAGCACGGGUACCCAGAGCUAGCCAGCGCCAUCAAGCAGCCCGCCUCCAAGCUCAGCAGCAUCCAGCGCCAGCUCCUGAGCUCCCUCAACCUGCUGCUGUCUGCCUACUCUGCCCAGGCUCCACCCCAGAAGGAGUCCCCAGCCCCCUCCUCCUCCCCGCCGCCAAUGGAGCUCUCCCCGUCGACCAGCCUUAAAUCCAUAAUGAAAAAGAAAGACUAUGGCUUCCGUGCAGGAGGUAAUGGGACCAAAAAGAACCUUCAGUUUGUUGGGGUUAACGGUGGCUACGAGACCACCUCCAGUGAGGAGACCAGCGGAGAGGACAGCUCCCCAGAAGACUUGUCUGACAGCGAGGCUGAGAAGAAAUGUGAUGGCCCAGAACAUAGGCGGGGCAGGGAUGCCCAGCCUGGCUGCAAGGUGGGGCAAGGCAUCUCCGAGGGUACCUGCAACCCGGGCCAGGAAAGAGGGCCUGGAGAAGAACUCCCCCUUCCCAAGGCUGAGAGAUAUAAACCCUCUGAAGAAUUUCUUAAUGCAUGCCGGGCAUUGAGCCAAUAUCUGCCAGAAACUGGGACCACCACCAACCAACUCUUGAGGCAGAGCUUGAACGCCAUCAGUCAAGAGUGGUUCCGUGUCUCCAGCCGGAAGUCGUCCAGUCCCGCGGUGGUGGCCGCCUACCUCCGGCCUCACUCCCCACACUUCCUAAAGCUGCUUGUCAACUUGGCCGAUGGAAACGGGAACACAGCCCUUCACUACAGCGUGUCCCACUCCAACUUCUCCAUCGUCAAGCUGCUGCUGGAGACAGGCGUCUGCAAUGUGGACCAUCAGAACAAAGCUGGCUAUACCGCUGUGAUGAUCACUCCCUUGGCUUCUGCGGAGACCGAUGAAGACAUGGCUGUCGUUUGGAAGCUCUUAAGAGAAGGAAAUGUGAACAUCCAAGCUACCCAGGGCGGCCAGACGGCGCUGAUGCUGGGAGUCAGCCACGACAGGGAGGACAUGGUCCAAGCGCUGCUGAGCUGCCAGGCAGAUGUCAACCUGCAGGACCACGAUGGAUCGUCGGCCCUCAUGCUGGCCUGUCACCAUGGCAACGCCGACAUGGUGCGGCUGCUCCUGGCACACCCGGCCUGUGACAGCAGCCUGACGGACAAGGCUGGCCGAACAGCUUUGUCCAUCGUUCUGAAAUCGCCCGCCCAUGUGGAAAUUGCCGAGCUUCUGCAGGCCCACACAGAGCAGGGCAGGUCCCUGGGGCCCUAGGGGCUGUGGAAGAGCCGGCAGCCGGGAACAAAAGGCCCCUUCAGUGGACUCCUCCCUCGCCCUUGGAGAGGGCAUGGGUCACAGCCAGGGGGCAGCCCCUCAAGAGAAGAAGCUAUGUCAGAUAUGCACAUACAUUCCUGUUGUAUCAUUCUGCUCAUUAGGACGCUUUGUAGUUUUGCCUUAGGUCAAACCCCCAACUCAGGCUGCGGAGCAGGGUGCAGGGUGCCUGGCGCACUGGUGUCAUCUGAAGUCCCAGCCGUCUCCAGCCUGGAAUUCCUCGUGAAGACUCUGUACCCUUUGUAGCACCGCUUAGCGAGCCAGCGGGCAGGAGUACAUUAGAAAAACAAUGCCUUUUACAUGGAAUUUUAAAGUGCACCAUCUCUUUGGUUUUUGAUCCACUAUAUAUGAAUAUGUCCCCUUGAAUAUGCAUGUCUAGAGAGGAUGGGGGAGAUUUAAGUGGUCGUCCCAGCAUUGUUCCAUAGGAGACCCUCGCACACAGGAGAAACUGAACAGACUCCGUUUGGAGCCUUUGCUCAGUUGGGGUGGAGAGAAAUCUUAAAUUCAGGCAAGGUAGAAAGAAACACGCUGGCAUCGGUGCCAGAUAUGCAAUCUUGACCAUUUGUGAGUCAUCGAGUGGCUCCAGUUUGCUCCAAGGAAAUUGGAAUUAAUCAGGAAAUCCAGUCCAGUGAAGCACACCAUGUGCAGUCAGGCAGAGUCCAUUACACCAGCUCUUCUGAAAGAAACAAGUGCAUUGGACUGAGGAUCCUCCUGGGGAUGGGUUAUUGUCAUCCAGGAGCUACCACAUGUCCUCCCCAGCUGUAUCCAUGGCCGUAUGGUAAACCCAGCUCCUUUCCCCUCAUAGCCCUGAUGAGCGAAUUAGGAGCCCCAUGAAGCUCUGAGGUUUCUGAGGUCCCAGACUGCAGAACCUUCCAGCCUGGGCUGCAGCAGGAGUGUGGGAGCCAAGCAGGGCAGGGCCCACCCUAGGCUGACGUCUCUCUCCAGUGAACAGUUCUUUCUUUUUUAAAAAAUAUUUUUAUUGAUUUUUAAAAUUUUCUUUUUUAGAGAAAGCGGGAGAGGGAGAGAGAGACAGAAACAUCAAUCAGCUGCCUCCUACUGAGGAUCAAGCCCGAAACCCAGGCAUGUACCGUGACCGGGAGUCAGACCUGUGACCCCUUGGUGCAUGGGACGACACUCAGUCCACUGAGCCACACAGGCCAGGCUGAACAGUUCUUUCUUAAACUUCCAUAAUCCCAGGGCCCAUAUGCAGUAGCUCACACAGGGUUAUCUACAGAGUUGUUCUUUCUUAAAGUCUCUUAUGCACAAAAUCACCUUAUAUAAAAAAGAAAGAUAUCAUAGUUCAAUAGGACUCACUUUAAAAACACGAAAGCUUGAGUUCUCAUUUAGACUGAGAUGCCAAUUUGCUUGGUGCCCCUUGUGUGAGUCACAAAACCUCCUUGGGUCCCAGUUUCAUCAUCUUUAAAACAGAAAUUAUACAACCUACCUCCUGGGGGUGUUGUGCAAGGCACAGCUAAUGGAAGUUUUGGAAUCCACUUUUAAUCCAUGAAGACUGAGGACAAAAGUUUUUCCCUGGGAUUCAUAAGAGAGGCUCAGAGUUCAGAGCAGAGCACUGGCAUAGGACGGUGUUGCUCAGAGGUGGAGAGAAUGGCGAAAUAAUAAGCCAAAAAUGCUUUAAAUGGGCUUAUUUUGACCUCAAAGCACAUUUUAAGAGCUAAACAAACCUUACAUUAAUAAAUAUUCUACUCCAGUACUUCUCAAACUUUGAUGUGCGUUCAGAUCACCUGGAGAUCUUGUUAGAAUGUAGUGGGUCUGGGAGGGGAGGGGGCCUGAGAUUUUGCAUUUCUAACCAGUUCCCAGGGGAUGCCGAUGCUGCUGGGCCACACCACACUUGGAGUAGCAGGGUUCUGGCCUUUGACUGUUUGUAUAUUAAAAUGCUGCCCCUGAA